AUGUCGUCCCCUGAGAAGAAGAGUAAGAAGACGACGACGAAACCGUUAAUUAAGCCAUCGCCGUUGCUCCCACCGACGCCGCAACCGACCCCAAAUCCGUAUCUUCCCGAUGAUGUGCUACUGAGCUGCUUCGCACGAGUCUCGAGACUUUACUAUCCGACUCUCUCCCUCGUCUCCAAGAGCUUCCGUUAUCUUCUUGCUUCACCGGAGCUUUACCAGACUCGCUCUCAGUUAAACCGCAGGGAGAGCUGUCUCUACGUGUGUUUAUCGCUCCCUCCUGACCCUAACCCUCGCUGGUUCACUCUCUGCCGGAGACCUUAUCAAACCCCAACCAAGAAGAAGAAGCAAAGUAGCAACCUUUUGGUUCCAAUCACAUCUCCUCACUCUACUCCCGUUAGGCCUAGCUUCGUCGUCAUCGGUUCUGAAAUCUACGAAAUCGGCGGACUCGUCAAUGGCGCGGCUUCCUCUACCGUCUCGGUCUUUGAUUGCAGGUCUCACUCUUGGCGCAAAGCUCCAAACAUGCUUGUGGCUGCGGAGAAACCACAAGCCAUGGCCAUCGAUGGAAAUAUAUAUGUUAAUGGAGGCAAAGGAAGAGACUUGGUAGAGGUUUUUGAUCCAAAAACCCAAACUUGGACUUGUGAAUCUAAAGACUUUAGAUCACUGGAUGAGUAUUUCGGAAUAGCAGUGAAUGGUUAUUAUGGAAUGGCAUCGCGGACGUCUUCUUGUUGCGUGAUAGAUAGCGUGUUGUAUUCCUAUCACCGGGGAGAGAUCAAAUGGUAUGACAAAAAGGUAACUGACUGGAGAACCUUGAAGGGUUUAGGGAUUAGGCUGCCUAAGUUUUUCUUUGGUCCGAAUACUUCUAGUCUGGUUCACUUGGCAGAUUAUGGUGGAAAGAUGGCGGUUUUAUGGGACAGACAUGAUUAUUCUAGCGACUGUAAAGGAAGAAAAGUUUGGUGUGCGGUGAUCACGCUCGAAAGGCUUACUAGCGAAAUGAUUUGGGGCACGGUCGAGUGGUCUGAUGACUCUGAAGCUGUGCUUGAAGUCGCUGGGCCUGUUGCAUUCGUGGGUGUUCUUGCUGCUACUCUUUGA